AUGUGGUUCCGUUGCGUCUCUGCUUUUGCUGCUGCAAUCAACACCAACAACUCUGUUGGCGGAGCUUCGGGUUGGGAUCUCUCCUCCAACCUGCAAGCAUGGGCUACUCACGCCACUUUCCAUGUUGGCGACUGUCUUGAUCAGGAUUCUGUUCGGUAUAUCAUAUUUUUUAAUGGUAUUCCAGACUAUAGCCAGACUAAGGUAAGAGAAAUGCCUAUUGAUAAAUCUUGGAUGCAAUCUGGAAGGUCGUCAGAAUAUUAUUUUGCAGGAGUUGAAAGUUUUCUCAAUUAUGCAUACAACCAUGUUAAGCCGGAUGAUUCUAAGAUCUUUUGUCCUUACUCUAAAUGCAGUAAUAGAUAUAGACAUAUGAGGUAUGAGGUACACAAGCAUCUUCUUUAUAACGGAAUUAAACUAACUUAUACUACAUGGUAUUUGCACGGUGAGGGUGAGGGUGAGGAUGAGGAUAGUGAUGAAAGUGAUGAAAGUGACAGUGACAAUGAUGGAAAUGAUGUGGCCAGUAUGGAGCAAGACGAUGAUAUGCAUGGUUUAAUAGAAGAAGGUUGUCCACAAGAUCCAAAUGGAGAUGCGCACAAGUUUUACAAAUUGUUAGAAGAGGCAGAACAACCAUUGUACCCAGGUUGUGAGUCGUAUUCUAAUUUGUCUUUUGUUGUGAACCUGAUGCAUAUAAAGGGUAUCGGUACUAUGAGCAAUAAAGCAUUUGGUAUGUUGCUAACAUUGUUGAAAAAUGCAUUUCCUUUUUGUGAGAAGUUACCUACAACCACCAACGGUGCAAAGAAAGUUAUUUCAGAUUUAGGUCUUCAUUAUGAUAAAAUAGAUGCAUGCAAUAAUGAUUGCAUCAUUUAUUAUAAGGAGCAUGCAAAUGCAACGCAGUGUCCUACAUGUAAGCUUUCGAGAUGGAAGAGACAAGGAAAGGGUAGCAAAAAGAAAGGUAAAAGGGUUCCAUGGAAGGUGCUUAGAUAUUUUCCACUCACACCAAGACUUCAAAGAUUAUUCAUGUCAUCCAAGACAGCUGUAGAUAUGAGGUGGCAUUUUAAGGAUCGUGUAAAAGAUGGAGUGUUGAGGCAUCCGGCAGAUUCUGAGGCUUGGAAAUCGUUUAAUCAAAUUCAUGAGUCAUUUGGUAUGGAACCUCGAAAUGUAAGACUUGGUUUGGCAACAGAUGGAUUUAACCCUUUUGGGAACAUGAAUUUGCACUAUAGUAUUUGGCCGGUUCUCAUAUAUCCAUAUAAUCUUCCUCCGUGGAUGUGCAUGAAGGAGCCUUAUGUUUUCAUGACUUUACUUAUUCCUGGGCCCAAGGGUCCAUGCCAUGACAUCGAUGUAUACAUGAGACCAUUGAUAGAUGAAUUGCGAACAUUGUGGGAAAUUGGUGUUGAAACUUAUGAUAUAUAUGUAAAACAGAAUUUUCAGAUGAGAGCUGCACUUCUUUGGACUAUCAAUGAUUAUCCAGCAUAUGCAUACAUGUCAGGUUGGAGUACGUCUGGAAAAUUGGCAUGCCCAUAUUGUGCAUCUAAUACUUUGCAUCGACGGUUAUCUCAUGGGUCUAAGACAUGUUAUUUGGGUCAUAGAAGAUUUUUACCGUCUGACCACGUAUGGCGUAAUCAAGGAAGCCAAUUCGAUAAUACAAGGGAAAGAAGACUUGCACCUAAGAGACCAUCUGGUGAUGAUGUGAUAAAUGAACUUAGUGAAUUAAGAGAAAUAACACAUGGCAAGGAUGGGAAAAAGCAUACAAUAUUUGGGUUUGGAAAAGAUCAUAAUUGGAAAAAACAUUCGAUAUUUUUCCAAUUGCCUUACUGGAAAACACUUUUGGUGCGUCACAAUUUAGAUGUCAUGCACAUUGAGAAAAAUGUAUUUGAGAAUGUGAUUGGCACAAUGAUGAGCAUUGAUGGUAAAACAAAAGAUUCUUUAAAUGCUCGUCUUGAUCUUCAAGAAAUGGGUAUAAGACAGAGGUAUCAUCCAGAAGAAGGAGAUAAUGGUAAGCUCUAUUUUAUCCCAGGCGAUUAUACAUUGUCAAAUGAUGAUAACAAAGCUUUAUGUCAAUGGUUAAUGGAGUUGAAAGUUCCAGAUGGGUACUCUGGAAAUUUAUCUCGAUGUGUGAAUGCUUCAGAACGUAAUAUUUCUGGAAUUGUGUGCUAA